AUGCCGCGAAACCGCUUCCAAGACAUCAUGCGACACCUACGCUUUGAUGACAGGUCCACCCGGAGUGAUCGAGCAAAGACUGAUAAGUUUGCUGCAAUUUCCAGUGUGUGGGGAUCAUUUGUCACCAAUUGCAUCACAUCCUACAACCCUGGUCUACAUAUCACCGUUGAUGAACAGCUUUUCCUGUCAAAGACUCUCUGCUGUUUCCUGCAGUAUAUUGCAACUAAACCUGACAAGUUUAGGAUCAAGUUUUGGGUGGCUUGCGACCUAAAAUCCAAGUACAUUUGUAAUGUCCUCACAUAUCUUGGCAAGGACCCUAGUCGUCCCAGUGGAGAGAGACUGUCUGAAAAUGUAGUGAUGAGGCUGAUGGAACCAUUCCUAGACAAGGGCAGAAAUGUUACCACGGACAAUUUCUUCACAUCGCUGUCACUUGCGCAUAAACUUCUUAGCCGGAAAACCACCAUCCUCGGCACAGUCAACAAGAUUCGCCGGGAAAUCCCUCAAUCCGCUAGACACACAGAUCGCAAUGAAUUCACCACUCAGGUGUUUUCAACCACUGCUGCUACGCUGACGGCGUAUGCGCCCAAACGGAAGAAGACCGUCUACAUUCUUAGCCGCAUGCACAGCGUGAUUCAGACUGAUAAUACCACCAAAAGGAAGCCAAACACUGUCACCCUUUACAACACCACAAAGUGCGGCGUGGAUGUGAUGGACCAGAUGGUGCGGGAGUACACUGUCCGCACAGGGACACGGCGCUGGCCAGUUGCCGUGUUCUAUAACAUGAUUGACAUGGCAGCACUGAAUGCACAUGUGCUGUAUCAAGCAUGCACCGGAAGGCAGGAAAGACGGGUGCUUCCUGGUGGAGCUUGCAAGAGAGUUGGCUAA